AUGCGUCCGCUGCAGCUCUGCGCGUCGCCCAACUGCCGCCGGUACGCCAAGGUGCGCCUCCUCUGCCUUGCCCACGCGUCGUCGACAGAGUACGUCGACCCAACCAUCCGCCGCAUGAACCGCCGGCGCAAGUGCCGCGUCGACUCGUGCUGGAGCUACGCGCGCCUCCUCGGCCUCUGCACGCACCACGGCGGCGCCCGUCAGUGCGGCGCGCCCAAAUGCAACACACCGUCGCAGGCCGGCGGCUUUUGCCGGGUGCACGGCGGGGGCGUCAAGUGCCGGGUUCCCCACUGCUCGGACUUUGGCCGCCUGCGCGGUCUCUGCCUCGGUCACCAGCCUCGAUCGUCGCCUUCGUGA